GGUCUGCUCAGUCGCCUUCUCACACGACUCGGCGAGGCUGGCGUCAGGGUCGGACGACAACACCGUCAAGAUCUGGGAUGCGCAUAGCGGGGUGUGCCUGCAGACCCUCAUGGGCCAUGGUUUUUCUAAUCUUGCUCAGAUACUAGCGUCACAAUACCCCAAUAAAGUUAUAGACGAAGCACGGAAACCUGCAUGCCAGAACAUACAUAUUAGUGACGACGGGGUUUGGAUUUGUUUAAACGCUCAAAAGCUAUUAUGGCUACCUACAGAAUAUCGACCAGGAUGCAAAGCUGUAUCAGGCGAAUACGUAGGGAUAGGCACGGGGCAUGGAAAGGUCUGGAUAGGUCGCUUCCAGUGA